AUGAAUGUAGGAAGCCUUCACAUUUACCAAAAUGUUCUUCGAAGUACAUCAGAGAGCAAACAACUUGCAUUCAUAGCAGCCCUGGUAAGGUCAAGUAUUAAAACUAUGGCACGUGGUCAACAAAAAAUACAAAGUCAACAAAGAAAUGCUAAAAAGCAAGCUGAUUUAAAAAAACCUACUAUGGAUUCAAAAAAAGCUGCUGCUAAAGCACUACAUUAUACUUGUCCUAUAUGUAAAACACAAGUACCUGAUAUUAAAACAUAUAAACAACAUUUUGAAAAUAAACAUCCAAAAAAUUCAUUACCACAAGAAUUAAUUGAAGUUGUUUAA